CUCGUUUUCCAUCUUGGAACCUUGCAGCCUAACGUAGAACUUAUCGAAUAACAAAAUCAGUUCCAACAGAAGACAAGGCUCUGACCCACUGAUGCCUCCAAGAUUCCAAAUGAGGUUCCAAUCUUCAGCCAUCUCUCUUCCAUGACAGAUCAUGGACACUGAUUAAUAAGCAGAACAGAAAUCAAGAAAGCUGCUAGCAAGAGAAGGCUGAGCCAAGGAAGGGGCUUUCAAGUGAAAGAACAUUUAGUUCUAUUGUAUUUCACAAUCUUAAUAGAAGGCUCCCUGGUUACAGUGAUGUGCCUCUGAACCACCUCCAAAUGAAAGAGUCUGGGGUGAGGUGGCAGCUUUGGUGAAGUAGUUAAAACUGAAAGCUCAAGACAAAGAAAUAAGAUUUCACGUGUGAAUCAAAGAGAAGACAUGAGAUAAAAGCCUGACCAAAUGUCUGCUGUAGCAUCACUUCCGUAUUUUCAUGGAAACAUCAGCAAAAAAGAUUGUGAAACUUUGUUUGAAGCAUAUGGGACAAAUGGAAGUUACUUAGUGCGGCAGAGUGAAACAAUUCCUGAUGCUUUAUGCCUCAGUAUCUUCUUUGAUAAAACUGUAUAUACAUACAGAAUUUUCAAAGAUCGUCGUGGACGUUUUAUGAUUCAGAGUGGAAACGGAACUAAAGAAAAGUUCUUCAAACGCCUGACAGAUUUAAUUGAUUACUAUGAAAAACCUGGCAAAGGUCUAGUGACACAUUUAUGUUAUCCUCUGCAAAGAAAUAAAGCUAAGAAAGAGGACGAAGGAUGCUCAAACAAUGUUUAUGAAGAAGUUGAUGAUGCAGAUUAUGUAGAAGUCCUUCCUUAAUGAAAAUAACAAAAUAACAAAAGAGGUACUACCGACUUUGUCUCCACAAAAUCCCCGAAAUCCACUUGCAGGAUAAAGGCACUGAUGUCCUUUCCAAAGUCAACAUCCCCAAAAGUUAAGUUCUAUUCAUGUUCAUUUGGCUGCAAUGGGCAGACCAGGUUACCUGCAUGCUCAACAUCAGACUCCUGAAAUAUGACUCUAUUGUGAGCUUCAUCACAGAUGAAGGGAAGAAAUGAUUUAAGGAUAAUUUUGAAGUCUCCUUGUAAAAAGGCAACAUCCCCACCAACUCAAAUCUCUGGUCCUUGACUGUGCAAAAUGGAGAGAUGCAUUCAGGGUGGCCUGAAGUCCACUUGUCUGUAGCACAUAGAAGGCCUGCAUAAAGGUGAAAGGUAGAUCCACUUCCCAGCCACAUCAAAUAUUUCCUGCUUCAAAUGUAGCAGAAUCUGUAGGACCAAUGUCAGCCUCAUCAGUCUCCAUAGAACUCACGGAACUGGAGUGGAAACAAGUUUAUCUCAAUCCCAUGGCACUACUUAAGAUGAAGAAAAUAUGUCAUGCAAGGCCUAGAAAUUCUGCAUUUUCACACAAUAUGCAAAUAAAUUUUAUCUAAAGUACAAUUGCAAAAAUCCAUUCCACUGCUGGGGAAACUGAAAGUGAAGGUUCUCCAAGAAUACAUCAAUCUUGCUUCGAUAUAUUCAUGAUUUAUCUCAUCUAAACUGAUCUUCCUUCGCUCAGUGCUGAUUUCCUCCAUGUAUCCUCAGAUAUCACCCUAAACCCUUAUGAAUCUUCUCCCUGUCUACCACUCUCAUCCUCUAUCUUACUUGAUCCCCAACCUCCUCCAUGAACUUCUUUCUACCCCCUUCAAUCCCCUCCCAAAACCCAAUUUAUCUCCCAAUACUAUUUUUAUCCCAACAACACCACCCAACUCCUGCAAAAAUUAUCCUCAUGCUCCCCACUUUUCUUCCCAUCUCCAAAGCUUCCCUUACCAUCAUUGUGUCGAUGGUGAAGGGAGACAAUCUGUUCCCAUCACUCUGCUAUGGUUUUCACCCUCUGCUAUAGUAGGGGAGAGUGAAAGAAAGGACUUUCAGCAUACUUGGGAGUGUUUCUAUUGCAUACAAAUGCUUUGGUCAUCAUACCCAGAAGUACAUGCUAUCCUGCGGUUUCAAACAAAAUUGAUGCAAGCCCCCUUAUCCAAUGACUUUUCAAAGCACAUGAUGCAGAAUCUGGAGGGCUUUGGCUCUUAGUUUGGAUAGACUAUGAAUGAGCCACACAACACACAUGACUACCUCUAGCUUUUCACCUUC